UUGGGUUGAGCCGUCUAGAGACAAUAUACAUUGUUUCAGUAUGGUAGCUUUGUCUAAGACAUUCUUACGACCAGUACACCCGGAAAGGAUAGCUUCCGGCGUCGUCUUUGUUCCAUGCACCGAGAUAUAGUCUCGUUCCAUCCACCUCUUGUGACCGUAUAUAAAGUAUUGAAACGAACUUCCAGCCGUUAAAUCCCGUCUUUGGUAAACGCUAUCUCGAUACGAACCGGAAGGUGCUCAUGCUCGAACCGGUCCCUUCGCUGAAAACCCGACCAUGUCGGAACAAGACCAACAAAUUCCCUGGCAAGAUCGAUACAAGCCAGACUGGCCCAGACCGAGCCUCCAGAACGUCGUAGCGACCGUCAACCUCGACUGCCGCUUGGACCUGAAACUCAUCUCGCAGCAGGCUCGCAAUGUUGAGUACAACCGCACCAAGUUCCACGCGCUGAUCAUGCGUAUCAAAGAACCGCGCACGACGACCCUCGUCUUUGCUUCGGGCAGGGUCGUCAUCACGGGCGCCAAGUCCGAGGAGCAGGCGCGCUUCGCCGGCCGACGUCACGCCCGAGCCAUCCAAAAGUGCGGUUUCAACACAAAGUUCAAGGACUUCAAAGUCCAGAACUUUGUCGGGUCCGCUUCGUGCGGCUUCUUCAUCCGCCUCGAGGGCCUGGCACACAAGGCGCACGAUAGCGCCAAGUACGAGCCCGAAAUCUUCCCGGGCCUGGUCUUCAGGAUGGUGACCCCCCGCGUUGUAUGCUUGGUGUUUGCUAACGGAAAAGUGGUGCUCACAGGCGCAAAAACGGAGGGUGCGGUGUUUCACGCCUUUGCGAAUCUGUAUCCGAUGCUGUUGGAUUUCAAGUUGGAGGUUACGAGUAGCAGCAAGGGUAAAUCCUCGCAGACAGAAAGGUGAAGGACUCGGGAGGGACGGUGAGGAAUGGCAAGAAGUGAACGGUAAGUACCUCCUGUACCAGGCAAGGCCGCAGAUCGUUUAAUUCAGUAGGUGCGUGAUGCACCAUGUCUUUGGGCAGGUACAAGGCAGAAACACAAGGAUCCCAAAGGCGUGUAAGGUAGGCGAAUGUAGGCUGGGAAGUUACAAAUUGAGCAUCAAGUCUGCCACCUAACUUGGAAUUUUGUUAACACGCUUCCAAGGUUGAAUGCCUGAGGCGGUGAGAAUAGCCCUGGCCGGUGGAGAUGAUGUGUAUGCGUAGUGCUUCUUUCCUUCUACCUACCUUAACUAGCAACCACUCACACCCUGAGCUCCGUGGUUUCCACUUCUCUUUUUG